ACAUCAAUCGUUUCAACAUCCAUAUUAACGCCUUAACUUUUAAGACUCGAUCUUUCCAGGUUAUUCCGAAUCCCCAACAAAAGCUGCUAUCAUGUCGGACGGAUUUUCCACCUUAGUCCCUGCGUUUACUCUGAAGGCCAAUAUCAAGGCUCACCCAAUUACAGGUGCUACCAGUCAACACCCAGGAGGCAUCUCAGUUGUUGAUAUCACAUCUGGGAGCCUAACCUCUGAGCCUGGCUACCCGAUUAAACUCAAUGCCUCUUUCAUUAGUGGCAGCGACUACAUCAAGCCUGAUACGUCCGGAGACUUCUUUCGCCUCGACGUGAAGUCUCUCCUCAAAGACGAGUCUGGCGCCUUGAUCACCCUCUACUACACAGGCCACAUCGAGACGACCGAGGCUAUUUUCAAAGUCCUGGGCGGGGCUCCAGAUGCCAAGACUAUCGAGUUCGGGAAUAUUUCAACCCACGUAACCUUUGAAACCGGCUCCGAAGAACUCCGUCCUCUGGAGCAGAAGAUCUACGUUGGCAAUGGUCGCUUCAUUGUCGAGGACGGAAACCUAACCGUCGAGUACAAAAUCAGUCAGGUGCAGGCCUAAUCACGUCUUCGUAGUUAGCAAGCGUUAAAGAUCACAUGAAAGUAUCAAGCAAAUAGAACGAUGUUGAAUCAAAUAUGA